UAUUGCCCCAACUUGAUUUCCUUGCCAGAUGGGCUGCAGUCACUCGAAACACUGCGAAUUGAAGAGUGUCCAUAUUUGGAGAGGCGAUGCGAGAAAGAGAAAGGAGAGGACUGGCCAAAGAUAGCUCAUGUUUGUCGGAUUUGGAUUAAUUUUCGGGAAAUACAAUCCUUGAUCCCACAUGACUAAAAUGCAUCUGACAGAGCAACCUUGAUUCAUAUGGUUGUGGUACCCAGCACCUUGUCGAGCAGGCAGAUUAAAACUUUAGAAGGUUGCCAGAUUCUGGUGAGAAAGGGUAAAUUUUUGUACCUCCAUGGGAUUAGUUGGACUUGGAGAAACAGUGGCAGCUAUGUAGUUACAAUUAGGUACUCUUGAUUGAUGCAUUUGAGGCUACUUGAGGGUAGAUCUUCAUCGCGAAAUGCAU